AUUCAGCAAACCCACCACCAUCAUUAACCGAGAUUACACUAACAAAAGGAUGUGUCAAAAGAGCAAAACGUACAACAGCAGGGAUUCCCACGUGGUCACCCACCGUAGUUCUAAUCUGCCGUUCAACUGCUUAAUGUAUGGCAGAGCGGACGGAAUGCCCAGUUCUCAAACUUUCCCUCUGCCAAAAUCGUCCCCGAAUGUUUCUGGUUCGCGGGUUCGCCGCUUAGCCACUUCGCGAUACCUGAUUGUCGGCGUCUGCCCCCGUGACCGGAAGACCGGUUUCGCGGCCCUUAGUCAGCGAUCAUUUUGGUAAUCAUUCCCCGCACGUCCGCCUUCCUGGACUCCAGUUUCACGGUCGUCGUCUUCGAUACUGUACCAUACCGCGCACCGGACCGCUUGACCCGUCUGCCUCGCUCUUUCGUCUCCCUCGCGUGUGUUCAUUUCCGGCAUCCAUGCAAUCCGCGCCGACCUGUCGAUUCUUGGCUCGCAUCAUGCGGCGGAUCG